AUGAGCGCAGCAGCGGCCCUGCGGCGGCAAACCAGAGGAUCCCGCCUCCGCCUGGGGGCUGCGGCAGAGGUGCCGCCUGCCGCCGACCAGGCUGCCGUCGAGCAGCCCCGCAAGAGGCAGCGCAAGGCGGCAGCCGUGGUUGAUGCUGCGGAUGAGGCAGCGCCGGCAACUGCAGCAGCAGAGGAGGCCGCCCCGGCGCGCAAGGCAGGCGGCAAGGCCAAGGCAGCGGGCGGGGGCCCCUCGCGCGAGUUUGAGCGUGAGCUCUGGCAGCAGGGCUAUGCGCGGGUGGCUGGCGUGGAUGAGGCCGGGCGUGGCCCGCUGGCAGGCCCGGUGGUGGCGGCGGCCUGCGUAGUGCCGGAGCACGUGGACAUCGCCGGCAUGGACGACAGCAAGAAGCUGAGCGCGCAGCAGCGGGAGGCGCUCUACGCGCAGCUCACCGGCCACCCCGACGUGCUGUGGGCGGCCUGCGUGGUAGAGGCGGAGGAGAUCGACGCCAUCAACAUCCUGCAGGCCGCGCUGAAGGCCAUGGAGGGCGCGGCGGCGGGCCUGACCGCGCAGCCAGACUUCCUGCUCGUGGACGGAAACAGGCUGCCCAAGCGCUCCCGCCCCAUCGUCAAGGGCGACAGCAAGUCGUACUGCAUUGCGGCUGCCAGCGUGAUUGCCAAGGUCACGCGGGACCGGCUGAUGGAGCAGCACCACGAGCACUGGCCGCAGUACAACUUUGCGGGGCACAAGGGAUACUGCGUGCCGGAGCAUGUGGAGGCCAUCCGCCAGCAUGGCCCCUGCCCCGUGCACCGCCGCACGUUUGCACCCACCAGGCUCUGGUUCCCGGUGGGGCAGGCAGACGAAGGGGAGGCAGGAUCCAAGGCGGGAUCCAAGGAGAAGAACAGCAAAUGGCAGCCCAAGGGCAAGAGCAAGAAGGCGCCGGCCAAGUGA